AUGGUUAGGUUGAAACAGAGAUAUAUUCUAUUUGACAUCUUAUAUCCUCCCCAAAAUGACCAGGAUCCAGAUUUUGUCAAUUUCAGUAAUUCACCGCAAGAGGCAUUGAUAGCGAUGUGUCAAUCAUCCCCCGCCAGUGUUAACCAGAAGCUAAUAACUCAAGUAAUCCGGAAAGUACUACAAGACCAUUAUGGUGACAUGGGUGCAGGGGCUGCCGGGAUGCUGAUAUCCGUCAAAUACUUCAAUAAUAAGACAUCAACGGGGAUACUUCGAUGUUCAAGACAAUCAUUUCAACUUGUGAUGUCAUCACUUACAUUGAUGAACCGGAUUUCCAACCGAGAAGUUAUUGUAAGAUGCUUACAUGUAAGUGGGACCAUCAAAAGAUGCGAAGAGUUUGCCAUCAAGCGGAAUCAUGACAUCAUGCUACAAUUGAAGAACAUCAAGUCUACUGGAGUUGAUGUCUUAUUGGGCAAUUUUGCCUCUGGUGAUGACGUAAUUGAGAUGGAGGAUAAUGAUCAAGACUAG